AUUCAAGUUUGGACAAGGGUAUUAUAGGAGUUCUCCCUUGGAAAAUCAAUAGGGAGGAAAAUAAGAAAAGAUCCAUUAGGGGGUGUUAAAUAGUUUUCAUAGGUUAAUGGGGCAACUGUGAAAUACUGCUAUUUUUGUCCGAAUUUCUCCAAAAGUGCAAAACUAAACAUUUUAAAACCCACAUGUUAACGAAGUUCUUGUUUCUUCGCUCCAUAAACCCCCGGGGAUUUUCCUUUUGAAGCUCUAUUCUCCCAAGAGAGGCAACUGAAGCCUAUCUCACCAGUAUAGCUUAAUCCGAGGAAUUUGGAGAAACCUAAAUAUGUUGCCAAGAUGGAGCAGAGCUAUUACUCAUCUCUCCAAAUUAGGUUUACAAAAAUACAGUAUGGAACCCCAAAAGAAUGCUUACUUUGCUUACCGAAACUACGCAAAGGUUGCCGCAGCAACUACAUUGGAUUCUCGUGUUAAGGAGUUUACAAGAACAUCAGAGGUUAACAGCCUGAAUAAAAUGUUCUGGUCUAAACCUUAUUCCUUGGCGUUGCCCUCUGAUUCACCCCUCAGAGUUGAAGAGCCACAUUUUGAUGGGAUCAAGCGUAUUCUUCUCAAGCUAGCGCUGUUUUAUACCAAACAGAGCAAAUCCAUUCGAUGGGCAAAUGCGAUAUAUAUGCGCGUCGUUUCACAAGUUGAUAAGCCUGCUAUUUAUGACGUGUUUAACUUGGAGAAAACAUUUAAGACAACAUUUUCUUUGCUUGUACUGCACAUGUGGCUCUGCUUACGGCGUUUGAAAGAAGAAGGAAAGGAAGGUGUUGAAAUGGGUCAAUACGUUUAUGAGAUCCACACUCAUGAUGUAGAGCUGAGAGUUUCCAAGGCUGGGGUGAACUUACUGCUGAUUAAAUGGGUGAAGGAAUUGGAGAAGAUAUUCUAUGGGAAUAUUGUUGCUUAUGAUGCUGCCAUGCUUCCAGAUGCUAAACAGGAUGAGCUUAUGAAAGUGCUUUGGAGGAAUGUAUUCUCUGAUGAUGGCUCCGAGAUGCCAAUUGAUGCUGCAAAAGAUACAGUUCAGUAUACUUGUCCAAGGACCAUCAAUAAAGAAGUUAUCUGGCUCACCUCCGGGAUGUGUUCGAGGGAUCCUUGUCCUACUUAUGCAAAGCAGGCAAUGUCAAGGUAUGUUCGUCGGGAGUAUCAGUGCUUGUCUUUAACAGAUAAGGAAUCUUUGUUUUCUGGCAACUUCAAGUUCACUUCAUUAGAGAGCCCAAAAGUGCCUGAUCAUCCAGUGAAGUGAAGUACAAAGCGUAAGGGUUGAGCUUUUAUUGUUUGGAACCACCAGAGCUUCAUAGUCAUGGGAGUUUUGUCGGGAUGGCAAUUUUCAUAAAACGUUACAACUGCUUGAAGAGAUUUCUGGCUGAAGUAUAAUUUAGCAAAUAAAUAACAGCAGCAGGAAACUAAUGUGCUUCCCUUUCAUAUCUGUUAAAAUUAAAGUGAUAUUCUUUCAUUAUCUUAUAAGGUAAUCAAAUUGAAGCUUUUGUGUAAGAUGUUUGCUGGAAGGAAAGUUUAAUGGAUUCUCUUUGAUAUUGUACAUGGACAUAUUUAAUGUAUUUCAGUAUUUUAUGAUUAA